AUGUGUCAAGUUCGACGGAUGCAGGCGUCCAAUCCAGUGCCAAGGUUACCGGCUGCAUGCCUGCAACCUGUGCCAAGGUUACCGACUGCAGAUCUGCAAUCCUGUGUCAAGGUUACCGGCUGCAGACCUGCAAUCCUGUGUCAAGGUUACCGACUGCACACCUGCAAUCCUGUGUCAAGGUUACCGACUGCAGACCUGAAAUCCUGUGCCAAGGCUACUGGCUGCAGACCUGCAAUCCUGUGUCAAGUCUUCAACCCAUCAACGGAGGAGGUGGUAGGAUCAGUGGCUAACAUGGGUUGCCGGGAGGCGGAGGACGCCGUAUCUAAAGCAUACUCGGCCUUUCAGACAUGGAAGGCAACGACUGCAAAGGGAAGAAGUGACCUUCUCAAGAAAGCCUACCAGUUGGUCAUGAAAAACAAAGAAAAACUUGCCAGGAUUAUUACGCUAGAAAAUGGGAAGCCAUAUCGUGAAUCCCUCGGCGAGGUGGCUUUUGGGUCAAGCUACAUAGAAUGGUACGCCGAGGAAUGUAGAAGGGUCCAGGGAACUGUCAUUUCUAGCCCCAGCCAAUCAAAACGGAUGAUGACCAUAAAACAGCCAAUAGGAGUGUGCGCUCUCAUUACACCAUGGAACUUCCCUCUCACCAUGGUGACUCGGAAGGCGUGUGCAGCCUUGUCUGUUGGAUGUACGGUUGUCCUGAAGCCAUCAGAGGAGACGCCGCUCACUGCUCUGACACUGGCCGAGCUGUUUCGUGAGGCGGGCCUCCCCGAGGGCGUGUUUAACGUUGUCACGUGUGACAGGGACGGUGCCGCGGAUAUAGGCGGGACUCUGUGUGAGAGCCCUCUCGUGUCGCUCUUGUCAUUCACGGGCUCGUCCGCUGUUGGAAAGAUUCUCCUCAAUCAAGCUUCCGGUACGGUGAAGAGGUGUCACAUGGAGCUUGGAGGGAACGCCCCCUUUAUCGUGAUGAGUUCUGCCGACCUUGAUGAUGCUGUCAAAGGGGCACUAGAUGCUAAGUUUAGAAACACGGGCCAGACAUGCAUUUGUCCAAACCGCUUUCUUGUCCAAGAAGACGUUCAUGACGAGUUUGUGAAACGCCUUAAUAUCGCCAUGGAGAAGCAGCUUGUUACCGGGGAUGGAUUUGCAGUUGGAACAACGCAAGGACCUUUGAUCAACGCAAAAGCUGUUGAUAAAGUUGACGACUAUGUGAAAGAUGCUGUUUCUAAGGGAGCCAAGUUGGUAAGAGGUGGGACACGAAGCUCAUCUGGCACUAAAUUCUACCCUUCCACCGUCUUAACGGGGGUCACUCUGGACAUGAGGUGCAUGCACGAGGAGAUCUUCGGACCAAUCAUUGCAAUUUACAGAUUUAAGACAGAAGAAGAAGCCAUUCGAAUAGCCAAUGCCACCAGCUAUGGAUUGGCAGGUUAUGCGUACACAACAGACAGUAAACAACAGUGGCGGAUGGCGGAAGCUCUAGAUUUUGGAAUUGUGGGAUUGAAUGAAGGCCUAGUUUCGACCGCAGAGUCACCCCAUGGGGGAUUUAAGGAAUCUGGCAUAGGGAGAGAAGGGGGGAUCGGGAUAGGCUUAGACGAUUUCCUUGAGGUGAAGUAUGUGUGCAUUGGUGGACUGUAG